AUGGUAGAUGAAACCAUUCCACAGAAAGCAACUGGACAGAGUGCGUCAUCUGAUACCGGCAGAUCCUUGAACGUUACUCUUCUUGGUGAUGAGUGGGGUUCAUCUGCUGGUGGGUUGUCAACCAUAAACAGAGAGCUUGCUAUUCACCUUUCACAACAGCCAGGAGUAAAUGUAUCUCUAUUGUGUCCUGAAAAAGCUUGCAGCACUGAAGAAAUAAGAGAAGCAGAUGGCUAUGGAAUCACCAUUGUUCAGGCGAAAGAACGAGCGGCAUAUGAUCGUCUUGAUUGGUUGAGCAUCCCACCCCCGGACCACUUCAUGGACAUCGUUGUUGGCCAUGGUGUUAAACUGGGUCGGCAAGUACAGUUCAUCAGAGAAUCUGCUCAAUUUCCAAAUUGUAAGUGGGUACAAGUGGUUCACACUGCUCCAGAGGACCUUAGCAGAUACAAAUGCUACACUGACCCCAUUUCAAAAGGUGAAACAAAACACGAAUCAGAAGUUGAACUUUGCAAACUUGCUGAUCUUGUUGUACCUGUGGGGCCCAGACUGAAAGAAGCAUACUCUUCAUAUUUGCAGCGAUGUAAGACAGAUCAAGACGUUUUGUCCAUUACUCCAGGUCUUUUUCAAAGGGAGUUUGGGGAUUUAGUGGCAAAACAAGAUCCUAAUGAGGAUGGCGAAUUCAGAGUGUUGUUAUUUGGUCGUGGGGAUGAUGAGGACUUUGAACUCAAAGGAUACAACAUUGCUGCCAAGGCAUUUACUGAUAAACGGCUAAAAAACAAACCUUACCAUCUAAUCUUUGUGGGAGCACCUGAAGGAAAACAAGAAGAAGUCAGAGGAAAACUUCUUCAACGUGGUAUUGCCGAAGCGCAGUUAACUGUGAGAAAAUUUAUACAAAGUAGAGAGAAACUGAAAGAUUUGUUGUGUGAAGCUGACCUUGCCAUUAUGCCAUCAAAAUCAGAGGGAUUUGGUCUUGUCGCACUCGAGGCUUUGUCUGCAGGCCUACCCAUUCUUGUUGCUGGUAAGUCGGGAAUUGCCAAAGCAUUAGAGAAUGUGCCUCAUGGUCAUACAUGCAUCGUUUAUUCAGAUGAUCCUGUAAAAUGGGCAAAAACAAUUGAAGGUGUUCGUGUUAGGCAUCGAAUGCGACUCGAAGAGGUUAAAACAUUAAAAUCAAGUUACGGAAAAAUGUACAGUUGGAAGGAACAAUGCAAAGCCCUUGUGGAGAGAAUGUGGAAAAUGGUCUAUGGUAAGAGUUGCUGCUUUGAAACUCAUGCAUAAAACAAUGAAUAUGAUGAACACUAUUUUCUACAUGUUAUUUUGACUUUUGCCUGUGUGUUCCAAACAUUAUUGUGAUCGGCCAGAUAGUUACAAUCAUCUUUACAUGUUCAUGGUUUUCUUUUCUCGACACUCAUUAAUAAAACCUAGUGUUUUUGUAUUUUGGUAAUUUGGUAUAUUAGUAGUGUUGAUGUAACUUGGUAUUUCAUAGGGCCAUAAACUGUAAGUUUAAAAAGUUAUGUGUGUUACAGGUCAAAUUUGUUCUCUGGUUAAAUAUUUUUAACCUAGGUUGAUUCUUGAUUCUCUUUGUCUAUUAGGGCUAGAAGACAAAGGAAAUUGAGAAUCAACCUUAAGAUUAAAUAAAAAUUAACCUGGGAUCGAAUUUGAACUGUAACACAUACGUGAAUGUUCUAUCAUGAAAAAUAUGGCUGAAGUAAUUCAAAUUAGGCAGUCCAAAUUAACGGGGCAAUGAUAUGCAAUCCAAAAGCACUUGCUAUUCCAGAACAUUUAGUGAAUCUUUUGUAGUUAACAGAAUUCUUUAAAACAACUCUAUUAACUUUCUCUUCAGCAGAAAGGGGUUUUCAUCUUUUUUCUCUCACAAUGACAGUAUGUUUAUAACCAACCAACAGGGUCUUCCGAAAAUGACAACAAGCCCAGAGAUGAAGAGCCACUGGUUGAAGAAACUUCCCGUGCUGAAAAGAGAGCUCAUUUUGCAGCAGGAAGUCAAACUAAAAGUAGCUGUAAGCAUAUUCCAGGUACGGAAAAACAUUAUUUGCUUUCUUUUGCUUCUGGCCUCUGUUAUGAGCAUAGAGUGGGGUGAGAGGCCCACUUAAAAGUGUUUACCAUUUAAUUUGUAGCAGGGAAAAACAUACUGCGUACUGAACUGAGCUGAACUGAAAAACGUUAUUUAUACGGGUCACAUCUUCCAGCUUAGUAACCGGGGAAACUCGUGCUACCCUGGAUACUGACGUACUGUAAUGUUACGGUAAAUCCUCUAUUCUUGGUUUUCACCCAUGUGACCCAGCGCUGGACAACAGUUGCCAUCCGCCAUGUUGGUGUCCCUCAAACGUAAUCAAAACCAGCUCGAACAGAUGUAGAUAUGGUUGUUUGCAUCGUUGUUGGUUGCUGGAGGAAAAGUGAGAAGAAAAACACCCAACCAUUUUUUCGUAUUCCAUCAUUUGUCAAGAACCAAGGAGAAGAAUUCGAGGAAACCACUACAGAGAGGAGAAAUCUCUGGAUUUCGGCCGUAAGUCGAGACGAUGACCGGGAGACA